UAUAGCAGAUAUCUCUUACCUCUCCCUCUCUCUCAUGUACUUUUCAUUAAUCAAUAAUUCUCUCCUCCUCUGCUUCUUCUUCUUCUUCAUCUUUAAGCCUCAUCUGUCUGUACACUUUUCAGUUCCAUUCAUCUAAACAUGGUGCCAUCCAAGAAGUUCCGAGGCGUCAGGCAGCGCCACUGGGGCUCCUGGGUGUCCGAAAUUCGCCACCCUUUAUUGAAGAAGAGGGUGUGGCUAGGGACAUUCGAAACAGCCGAAGAAGCAGCUCGAGCAUACGAUCAAGCAGCCAUCUUAAUGAGCGGAAGGAAUGCGAAGACCAACUUCCCGGUAACCCCAAAAGGCGCGGAAAACGCCCAUUCGACGCCACCCAAUGAGCUAUCUGAGCUCCUACAUGCAAAGCUCAGAAAAUGCAGCAAAACACCAUCUCCUUCCAUGACUUGCCUGAGGCUCGACACAGAGAAGUUCCACAUCGGAGUGUGGCAAAAGAGGGCAGGCCAGACGGAUUCCAAUUGGGUGAUGACUGUUGAGCUUGGAAAAGGAAAUGCUGUGGCUCCACCCAAUAAAUUGCCUUCCAAUACCUCUGGGGAUGAACCCAGAAUUACAGACAUGGAUGAAGAAGAGAGAGUUGCACUGCAAAUGAUCGAAGAACUGCUCAACAGGAACUGUUGUUCGUUUGAUGCGGAAGAAGGAGAGGGUAACUCGUUGCAGUAAUUUUUAUUUCUCUUACUUUUCACUUGCUUUGGUUUGAAAAGUCGUAUAGUGUGUGUUGUAU